AUGGAGGAUUUUUCAGCUUCUGGAAUGGGCAACUAUCGGCGUUAUUUGAACCCUUCUUUGGACGAAUUUGAUGUAAAUUUGAUGAUGGAAAAGGCAACUGCCAUUAGCAUGAAUGAACUAAGGGAAACAAAUGGUAGGAGCGGUGGCAAUAAGGAUUCUUUUGUCGUGGAAAUUCCGGGAAGCGGUGACGGACGAGGAGUUCAAAUGUUUAGACAACGAGCACAAGUUGAUACUGGAGGCAUGUUUUCAAAAAAAUUAAGAUAUGACUAG